GACGUGACGCCCCUUGGCAUUAAAAUAUUUAAUCAAUGAAGCUGUGAAGAUCUUCCUUUUAGCCUUUCACCACGUCCACCACUGCCGUCUGCCAUGUCUACUAGCUCUCAGUCCACGGCGGCAGACCCCGCCCUCGCCGUUGCUCUACCAGGUCGCGACUCCUCAAUAAAGAGCCGCAAACCACCUGUGUGGCCCAUUGACGCCUCGGAAACAUCCCAACCGACGCCUUUACCCGCCAAAUGUGCCAUGAAUUCAAGAGAAAAUGGUAUCUGCUGCAAAGAACUAAAAUCCGAAGAACGUCACUUGAUUGACCCCGACGUUGUGCGAGAUGUAAUUAUCGGUCUAUCUGAUGGUCUAACGGUUCCAUUUGCCUUGACCGCUGGUUUAUCUUCCCUUGGAGAAUCAAAGCUUGUCGUCCUUGGUGGCAUCGCCGAGCUGAUUGCCGGUGCUAUCUCUAUGGGUAUCGGAGGUUUCCUUGCCUCCCAGGCUGAACGUGAUCAUUACCGUUACCUGCGUGCGCAGACGGCGUCUCGUGUUGUACGCAGCUGUGCGGGUGAAAUGGAGAGAGAGGUGUCGGAGGUUUUGGGACCCAUCGGUGUCGACGAACCCACUUGCAGAGCAGUGGCGAAAAGCUUGAGGGAUGUUGAGGUGGAUGGAUAUGAAAGUGGCGGACCAUCGUCGUCGGAUGAGGAAAGCGCAAGUCUUCGUUGGAGUCAAGAUGUUGGGUUGACUGCUUUUCUACUCAAGUUUGGUGAAGGCUUAGAGGAAAUUCCGACAAAACGACUUUACAUCUCCGCGUUCACGAUUGGCAUGGGAUACCUUCUUGGCGGCCUUAUACCCCUUCUCCCCUAUUUCUUCUUCGCUAGUGCAGCUGUUGGCCUAAUCUAUUCAUGUCUUGUCACUGGGAUUGUCCUCCUGAUAUUUGGUGCUGUCAAGGCUCGCGUAACAGGUGCUGGCACGGGGACACUUAGUAUUCUAUGGGGUGCUGUUUCCACUUUACUCGUUGGAGGCAUUGCAGCCGGGGCGGCCUUCGGCAUCGUGAAAGCUUUGGAGGGGUCCUCGGGCUGAGCGAUUGGGUGAUUUACCAUUGUGUAUAUUAGUUUCUGGUUACCCAUGAUAUCGUUAGAUAAUUUUAAUAUUUAGACGCGUACUCUGCAAAUUGGAAUUGCAUUUCAUUUCAUUAUUGUCAACA